AUGUCUACAACGGAAGAGCUCCAGAGACUUUUUGAAGAUGGAAACGAUAUAAAAGAUGAGAACCUCAAACGCUUAAAGGACUUGCCUUUGAAAGAAAAAGCACGCCUAGUUGAAUACAUCGCUGCCUCCGCAUCUCAGCGUCUUCCAUGUCUCGAGAAGCUUGGCACUGAAGGCGCUUCUUUCGUGCUGUCGGCCCUUCCAGACAAAGAAGCAUCUUCAAAGAUACUCCAGAUCUGUCAACAGAAAAUCAGGUUCCAGCUGUCGCCUCUUGUGGCAGACUACUACCUCUCCAUAUACGCGAACAUCACAUCCAAGUACGAGGUCAAUGAUCCUGGCUCUGUGCCGGCGAUUUUGGACCUACUAGCGUUAUCUGAAGAGAAGCUUCAUGCAAUUGUCGUGUUUACGAUCGUGAGUCAGUCGAAAAGAGAACCGUUAUCCACUUCCCAGGCCAUUGAGAGAUACCUUACAGAGAUCGUGGACCAGGACCCCUCCAGCAUCACUCCUCCACAAUACAGCCUGCUCUUUGAGACCAUCCAAACGUUCUUCCCUCUUUUUCCGGAGCAGCUCAAGACAGUGUACACAAGCGAAGGAUGCAAAAAUGCCAUACUUCACCAGGUCAGCCGGUUGACUUCUGGCUCCGGUGAAAUUGAUGCCGAAAAGGUCGCCAAAAUGCUCAAUGUGGUUUCUCUGACAUGCAUCAACGAGGCGGCAAGACUUUUCAACUCUCAGAAUUACCUACAAUUUUUGAUAACAGGGUCUGAAAUGGAACAAGUGCCGUUAGUGGUAUCGUUGUCCCUUCUAUGCAUCGUGAAGUUGUGGAAUUUCAAGCAAAUUGAGUCACAGAUCUCCCAAGCCACCGUGUUACACAAAACCAUUGAUCUCCUUAAGAAAGAUGUCUCUGAAGCUAGACCGGCAGUGCUAGAGACAUUGUCCUACCUCUCUUUAAAUGGUACCUGUCGGUCAUCCAUUUUCAAAGACGAAGAUACCACGGAAAAACUUAUUGAGAUUCUUCAAAAUGAAACCGACGGCACCAAUACGUACGGAGUCCUCCUCGCAUUCUCAAACUUGACAAAAGUCAAGGAAAUAGCAGACGACAACGAGCGCAGGAGAAUGAAGUAUGCUGCCUCCGCUGCAAACGCCAACAAUCAGGACAGCAGCAAGGUGGACGAGAAAGACGUGAGGCUUUACAACCUGGCUUUGGUCAAAAGACUCAAGCUUGUGGGCAUGUUCAAGAAGCUAGAAUUGCUGAAAACCAACAUCAUGAAAGAGUGUGUGAAUAUCAUCUACAAUCUAUCGCAGGACCCUGAAAAUGCUCUUCAUAGAAGCCUCGUGCUGCAAGGUGGAUUGAAUUUGAUCUUGAAGUAUCUCACCUCAUACUCUUCACUUGACAAGGAAGACGGGAAGACUCAUGGGUUGACAAGUGACGAGAAUGAACUCGAGCUUAGAAUAUCAGCUCUUCGUGCUUUGGCAAGCAUGUGCCUGUCUGUUGAUCCCAGGCUAGCAUUCAAUGAGUUUGAUGUGAAAACAGCGGUUCCAUUCUUGACAGAGCUCUUUGGAGUAGACCCGUCCUUUGGACCGCCCACUGAGAAGACUCCUACUACUAUCAUGGCCAGUCUCUUGUCACCGAUGGACAAGUUCAAGGCGCUUUUGGCGCUCACUAAUAUGUGCUCUCAGCCCAACAAAGAAUUGAACAAUUUCAUAAUCAAGCGCACCUUUUAUCAACAUUUGAGAAACCUCAUGAUCGAAAGCACCAAUCCUGACAUUCAACGUGCUGCUUGGGAACUCAUCAACAAUCUAAUUCAAGAGCCCGCUAUGCUAGCCAAAUUCUUCAAUACUGAAAGCUCGGCCAGUAUGACGAACUUGGAGAUCCUUGUCAAAAUGCUACAUGCCAGAGACGAAAAUCUACAAGAGGUCAUUGCUGGAUUGUUGGCAAACAGCACAAUGGAGUUUGACCUUGUUGCUACAGUUAUCUUGACUCAAAAGCCUAUUUUUGAUCAAUUAAGGGCCAUAGCUGCCGAUAUAUUUCAAAAGCAGCUGGAUGCAAGCGGGUUGAUGCUAAGAUUGGGUACUUUUGUCGGGAAUUUGAUGGACGUCGCAGAGAGCAGCGGUAACGAUGUCUUGAAGAAGGAUAAGCAAUUGCUCAUCGGCUUCAAAACAGUGAUCCAGUCCACAAACAUCCCUGAGGUAUUUGAACUUUUCACCGAGCUCACAAAGAUGGCGGUGCAAUAA